CAUCAAUCUACCGAUCCACUGGCAGCACACCUCCCCGGCCUCCUGCUCGCCACAGAUCUCCAUCACCCCCAUAGUCAACACCUUCUCCAUAGCCGGUUCUUCUUCCCCUACCCAGCUCCCAGCCUCCCAAAAUCCCAAUAGCUUCAAGAGAUCCCGAACCGAAUCCCAACGGUUCGAUGACAAGCAUCCCUGAGAUCUACUCCCUCCCUGACACCUUCUCCAACCUUGGGGGAAGCUGUUCCGACCAGGAGUUGAUAUCUUCUCUCAGAGAAUACCGUAUAUUGGAGCCCACACCUUACUUCGAGCCCCACCGCAAAAUCAACCAUGCAGCAGCCCGACUCAAAAACUUGCCGUGGAAAUUUAUUCGCCUUAAGUUGGAGGCCAUGGAAGGCUGGACGACUGAUGAAGGGACUUGGUCGCAGAAAAAAUUGGUCUCCAUCCCUAACACCUCCCAAGGCAAUUCCCCCAACUCCGCUAAAUUCGUGGGGACCAAGACGACGCUCGAGUUCAAACCUACGGGUGCUAAAAGGGGGGUUGUUGGCAUGACGCAGUACCACCUACUUAGGACUAUGAAAGAUCGCCCUGGAUUGUAUUUGGAUGAGGAUCUGGCUUUAUGUCACGUCUUCCCGCUGGAAGGGAAAGCCAAGGGCGCCCGGAACCGGAAUGGCAAAAGAUCACGAUCAGGAUAUGAAGUGGAUCCACACGAACCCAUUACCCAUGCCGGCGUGGAAGAAUUGGACCAAAUGAUGUCCAAUUCCAAAAAGUAUCCAGUUCUAGACGUGGGGAUGGAUGUUCAGGAUCUGCUCUUCGCUGAUCAACCGUCAAAACAUUGGCAAAGCUUCACCAAGAUACACACCAAAAAUCCCAAACUUAUGUACGCAGCGUGCAACCACUGCGACACGGUGUUGAAGUUAACAGGUGGUACCAAAUGUGGCACAGGCUCCCUCAGGCAUCAUAGUGACUCCUGCCGAUGCAAACCCAAGCAGGAGCAGCUGCCCGGCAACUCUUCACCGAUGCCUAUUCAGUCGAUUGCAUUGCAGGCCAUCACGGAAUAAUUAGAGAUAGUGUAGUUCAGAUCAGAGGUAGUUUAGCUGAGGUUAGAUGUAGUGUAGUUGAGACUGAGCUGCCUCAAAGAGGAUUGAUUGCUCGUCUCGUGGUGUAAAUCCUUGUAUUCUUUUGUGUUCCAGUGAGGACAGUGAAUACAAAGCGGAUAUGUGUGGUUGUUUAGGAUUUAGGAUCGCUUUAUUCGUUGUUUUCCUUGUUCAAAAGUAACAACACUUCUGGGGAUACACAACCGAUCCGGUUUAUGCAUUUCGGAAACAAAAUUCAGAGCAACA